AUGCAAGCAGCCAAUCACCUCCACAAAACUCUUCAUAGUAAUACCCUCGCCCUGGGCGCCUGGCAAAUGCUACCUGGCUCGAACCUCUCCCGGAUCCUCGCUCGCACAAACCCCGACUGGAUCUGCGUCGACACCGAACAUGGAAACAUCAGCGAUACAGCUAUGCACGAAUCAGUAGCCGCCAUCGCAGCUUGCGGUGUCUCUCCCAUCGUCCGCACAGUCUCGAAUGAAGGCUGGAUGAUCAAGCGAGCAUUAGAUGCUGGCGCCCACGGCAUUGUGAUUCCUCAACUCAACAGUGCAGAAGAAGCCAAAGGUGUGGUUCGAGCAGCCAAGUUCCCUCCACAAGGCAUUCGAGGGUUCGGAAGUCCGUUCGCUAUGGAGAGAUUUGCGCCCAAAGGCGGCGAACCUGUUUCUGCGGCUGAGUAUUUGCAACAAGCCAAUGAGGCGUUAGUCACCAUCAUCCAGAUCGAGACUCAGUCAGCAUUGGAUAAUGUGGAUGCUAUUGCUGCCGUGCCAGGUGUGGAUGUCCUUUUCAUCGGUCCUUACGAUCUGGGAAACAGUAUUGGCUACCCCAUCCUUGCUGAUGGCAUGCACGACGAACUCAAGGCUGCCAUUGAGAAAAUCCAUACUGCAGCAAAGAAGGCUGGCAAGCAUUCGGGCAUCUACUGUACCGACGGUGAUCAAGCGAGACACUACGCAGACAGAGGCUUUACGAUGAUUAGUGCUAUGACAGACUCACUGGCUCUGGGUCAAGGCGUGAGUACUGCUCUGAGCAGAGCAAGGGGAUCGUGGGGUCAUGCGGCGUUGCAGGGUGUCAAGCAGGGUGCGAGCAGGAUUGUUUCUUCAACUUCCCCUUAUUGA